AUGCAAAGUAGACUCUCAUUAUUAAAAUCCCAUAUUCAACAACUGCAUAUUAAUAGGUCAGCAAUUACAAACGAUAAUCUGAAGUUUCUCCUUGACAAUGUUAAUGCAGAUUUUUACGAUGUAGCUGCGAAUGAUGUAAUAACAUCAAAUGAAGGUUUAAAACUGGUACAAACGUUCUGUACAGAAGUAAUAAAUAACAAAGUUGUUGAUAAUGUUGCUCGUACUCCAUUCGACGAACAUGAAGUAUGGCUUUUAAUCACUAAUUCACUUGUGAAACUUAUCGAUAAAGCAAGUGAAACAGACAGUGACUUUAACGAUCGAGACUGGCAUAGUUUUCAUGCAAUGGCUUCACUAUUGGAUUCAUGUCCGUUAAAUACAGAUAAAACUUGUUGUCGUCUCGUUCAAGAAUCAUUUUAUUCACGAAAAUGUUUGGAAACAGUUAGAAAACUAUUUCAAACUUUGGCUUCUUCAAGCGUAAUUCCGUUCAAAUACUCUUAA